UCAGUCUACACCAAAUACACUUUAAUAUUCCAUAUAAACCUCAUGCUGAUAUUGGUAGCGUGAUAUGCAAUUACUCAAAAACGUAAUUUUGUUACAUCAACAAGAAAGAGAACCUGGUCAAAAGAAACGUUUCGCUAGGCAGCAACAUAAAUUGAUUGACAAAGUUAUAUGCCGAUACGGAUAUUGGCUGUAUUGCAAAAAGUAUAAAGUCUCAGCACUUCACCUCUCCAUCCGCCGUUCUUUCUCAUCAGACACCUCAAUAAGCCCCAUUGGCAAUAAAUACCUACACAGUCUUCUUUUGACUUUAAGCAGAUCAAAAUGCCUUCUACUAAGAGCGCUCCCGUUAUUGACUUCUCGGACUUUCUGUCUGGUGAUAAGCAGCGGAUGCAGCAUGUUGCUGACCAGAUUCGAGAUGCUUGCCUUACCCAAGGCUUUUUCCAGAUUGUCGGCCACGACAUUCCUGCCCAACUUCAAAAGGAUAUCUUUAAAGCAUCAAAGACUUUCUUUGCUCUGCCAUUAGAAGAAAAGAUGAAGCUUGAUAAGUCACUGAACAAAUACAACCGUGGAUACGAAGUCAUGCACGGCCAAAUGAUCGAGGCCAACACCAAGCCCGAUCUCAAGGAGGGCUACUAUGUCUCUCGUGAUUUGCCCAUGGACCACCCUCAAGUCAAGGCAGAGAAGUUUGCCCAUGGUCCUAACGUAUGGCCCGAGUCUCUUGGAGAGUCUUUCCGAGAGACUUGCAUGGACUACUUGAACCGCAUUGUGAAGCUCACGGAAGAAGUCAUGCGUGCUAUGGCCAUGAGCUUGGGCUACGAUGCCGACUACUUCAAGGAGUUUUGCACGGACCCCAUGUGCUUCUACAAGUUGCUUCAUUACCCACCUCAACCCACGACAGCUCAUGCUCUUCAAAGAGGUAUUGGUGCUCACCGCGAUUUUGGUGUCAUCACUUUGCUCCUUCAAGGCGAUGUCCCUGGCCUUGAAUGCUGGGAUGAAGAGGCCAAGGAUUGGUACGCCAUUCCUCCUGUUGAGGGAGCCUAUGUUGUCAACAUGGGUAACCUGUUUGAACAGUGGACAAAUGAUAAGUACAUUUCCAACGUGCACCGUGUCAUCAACCGCUCUGGAGAGGAGCGUUACAGCAUCCCGUUCAACUAUAACGGCAACCCCGAUUUCGUUAUCAAGUGCAUCGAAAGCUGCCGUGUUAAGCCCGAAGAGGAGAAAUAUGCUCCGGUUAGCGUUGAAGACUACGUGGUUCAGAAGUACAAGGAUGUUUAUGGCCGUGUUGGUAUUUACAAGACUGAGACAUUUGCUCCUCAGAAGGUCGACGCUUAAACCAUGUGGGAUGUCAAAUAAAUAAGCAGUUUCUAGAGACUAAAAUUGAAUAAGAAACUUGAGUAUAACUGAUACAGUUUAAAAUAAGUUACUGUGACG